AUUGAAAUCAAACCUUCCAUCCACAAUCCUCCACUCGUCGACAAACCUUUUGUAUUUGUAUGGGAUGUUUCGAGCGAUUUAUGUGAAGAAAAAUUUGGGGUAAAACUGAACUUAGACUAUUUUGAUAUUAUCCACAACAAGAACAAAGGACAAUUGGGUGAAAAUCUUGUUAUAUUUUAUCAAAACAAUUUGUCCAAAUUUCCAUAUUUUGAUCGGAAAACAGGACAAGCUGUCAAUGGUGGUCUACCGCAAGCGGCAAAUUUAAAAUCAAUUUUAACUGACUUUGAGAUCACUGUGAAUAAACUUAUACCAGAUAAGGACUUUCAGGGUUUAGCUAUUCUGGACUGGGAAUUAUGGCGAGCAUUAUUCAGUAGAAUGGGUGAUCCAUUGAUGAAGAUAUAUCAACAAAAAUCAAUAGAAUCGAUAAAACAUGAACACCCUGAUUGGAACGAAGCACAACAACUUCGGUGGGCGACAUUGGAAUAUAACUUAGCGACAGAAAGAAUUUUAAAACCAAUACUAGUACUUGGAGAGAUUUUGAGGCCUCAUGCAUUGUGGGGUUAUUAUUUGUAUCCAGAUUGUCGUUAUUACAACAUGACUAAAAAAGAUAUGAUCUGCUCAAAUUUGGAAAUGAAGAAAAAUACUGAAAUACAAUGGCUUUUUGAUGAAAGCACAGCAUUGUAUCCUUCUGUAUAUUUACCUGAAUUUUACGAAGACAAAGACUUCGUUAAAAAUUAUGUUGCAAAUAGAAUUCGAGAAGCAAUGAGAGUUGAUGAUGCAAGGUUUAGUAAUGUUAGUGCUCCUGUAUUUUCAUAUCAUAUGCUUUCAUAUAAAAAGACAAUUAAAUUUUUGGACUCUCAAGAUCUUCUAGAUAGUAUUGGCAUUGCAGCGGUUCUUGGUGAAUCGGGAGUUGUAUUUUGGGGUGGAAAUAAUAUGGGUAAUUCAGUUGAGGCUUGUCAAAAUCUUAGUAACUAUAUGGAUGACUUUCUUGGUCCUUACUGUAAAAAGUUGUCUGACGCUGCCACACGUUGCAGUAAGGAUAACUGUAAUGGUCAUGGUAGAUGCGUUAUUUCUAAAUUUGUAGAUAAUCAUAAAGUAUCUAAAAGAAGAUUUCUUUUUAUCGAUGAAGUUAUGGAUAUUGUAAGUAAGCUUUCUGAUAAUAUUUAUAACAUGUAUGAUGUGUUGCAAGGUGUCGAGUACAGUUCUAAUGAACCUAGAGUGUCUUGCCAAUGUUUUACUUCAUGGAAAGGAGAACAUUGUGAAAUAUCAUUGUGAUGCAGAAGUUAUGAAGCAUAAUUUGCUGGUGUUACAAUACUAUCAUCAGCAUAUAUUCAAAAAUUACCAGGCAAACUUCAAGAAGUUGUCAUUUGGUCGAAUACGGAUGCUGCUCAAUUGGAGUAUUUUCUAUUUGAACCUAUUACUCUUACCACCAUUCUCUGGGCGUUGUUAUACCUCUGUUUUCUUUUUUUAUAAAACAAUGUUGUAUCAUAGUUUUAUAUUUUUAAUAUUUACUUACUAUCGAUCUCAAUAUAAUGAUCAUACUAUUUUAGAUCUAUUUGUAAUGGUCUUUCUAUUUUCAUAAAAAUAUUUGCAAUAUUGUCACUGUUCACUUUUUCCUGCUAAGAGAUUAUGCCAUACUGCCUGGAUCAAGUCUGCCAAUGUUUAGACGUUCACAUGUCGGUUCAUUUCUUUUUCCUGACUGAUUAACUGAUAUAUUGCAUCAUGCAAAAUAUUUCAUAUCAUAUUAUGUUUAAAAAUAUCUCAGA